GAAGAACAAUGACUGAUUCCUUUCAGUUAUGUCUGAAUUAUUCCACAGAAGAGCUUUAUGUGGGGAAAAAUUGUGCAGGAAACAUAUUUUCCAGGCCAUUAAAGCUUGUUGGUGAAACCUAGCUAAUUUAGCAGGUCAUAUUUCAGGAAUAUAAUUAUAUUUCAGUAAAAAUUGAAGACCCAAUUUAUUAAAUACAUUAUCCAAUCAACUGCUCUGUUUUCAUUGGGUUAGGUCUAUGACGUUGUUCGGGUGAGAUAGUCGAAUGCGCAUGCGCAAAUUGCCAGUCAAGCGUCCGUGGAUUCGCUUGGAGAGAAAGACAAGUACGAGAUUUCUCCAUAGAAAAUAACCGAAAAUAACAGAAGCUUUGCGUUGCUAUUGGAUCGUUGCGCUGCUCCCCUUUCCAGCCCGCUGAAUCCGAUUGGAGGGCUGGGAGUUGGAAUCCCGCCCCUGCAGCUCCUCUUAGGCCACGCCUCCCUGCAGCUGGCCCAGCUCGUUACCGCUGCAUCCGCCACUUCUGCCGCCAACCCCCCCCCCCCCACCACCCUACACUCACCUCCUCUCGCCCCCUUCAUCAACCUCCUCACAGCAGCAGCGACCGUCAAUAACAUGUCCCGUCCCCUAUAUGACCCCUUAGGGGAUCAGUACUCUUCACAGGCCCAGAGAUCUGCCGCCCUGAUGGGGCAGUACGGACUCACACAAUCCCAGGCCGGAAGGGACCCUCUGGGGGCCUCCCGCCUUGGUCUGGGGUCUGGUGGUGGUGGUGGUGGUGGUGGUUCCUCCGGCCAGGGAGGCAUGAUGUCCUCGAUGGUGGCCCAGCAGAUGGGGUAUGACCCGGGGCAGAGAUCGACCGGGAUGACCCCUGAGAUGGAGACCUCCAUAGACCACCACAUCCGCGGGGCCAGAGAGGAGGUGAGGCUGCUCAGCCAGUUGAUGCAGCAGAAUAAGAAGCAGCAGGUCUCACUGGACGCCCAAGACCUUCGCCUAAGUCGUGACCCCAUGGACGAGCUCUCGUCUGGGGGAGGGCUGGGAGGUUACACCCCUGGCCGGACCUCCAGCGACCAGCAAAGUUCCAUGGACCCCUGGUCUGGCUUCCUGACCCAGUCUGCUUCCUCCAAACUCUUCUCCUCCACCCUUCCUGAGUACCAAAGCCAAACCUCUGGGUUUGGAGGUGCGGGAGUGCUGGGGUCCACCUCCAGGGGUUCCGAGGCACCCAUGAGGGCCUCGUCCGCAGCCGCUCGUCCAGCACGGUACACGUCUGAGUCCGCCAGCAGCAUCCUGGCGAGUUUCGGCUUGUCCAACGAAGACCUGGAGCUCCUCAGCCACUACCCAGACGAUCAACUGACCCCAGACAACCUGCCCUUCAUCCUCAGAGACAUCCGCAUCCGUAAGGCCAAUAGAACUAUGGAUGUGGACCCUCGGCCCAAGGUAGGCGGUGGACCUGGCCCAGGGUCCGACCACGGUGGUGGAGGACAGAGCAAAGUGAUCGAUUACGAACAUUCUCGUGCUACUAAAUACGACAGUUAUGAUGAUGGCGAUAAUAGCCAACCCGAUAAUUACAGCUCGCGCAAUCCGCUCCCGAAAGAGAAGCCAAAAUAUGACAUGGUCAGAGACUCGCUGAGCGGGUACGCCGGCCAUUCCAUGACCUCCGACCUUUCCAAGCAGCGUACCCAACAGCAGCACAUCCACAGCCCUGCGGUCCAGAGCCCCAUCCCCAUGACAGACACAGGCUCUCGCAUCGGCCUUCCUCCGCCUUCCAGCCAACCCCAGCAGACCCUCAAAACCCACGGCUCAUCCUCUAAAGCAACAUCCAAGCCCAUGAACAUCCCUGUCCGCAGCGGAGACCAAGGACUCAACCGACUCCUGGCGUCCCAGAAUCAAGGCAACGCUCGGGGCCACGCUCAGCCCCGGUCCGGCCUGGUGGUUCUUGGUGGUGGAGCUGGGGUCGGAAUUCCAGGACUCAGGGUUGGAGGUGUCCCGGUCGGGGUUCCUCCUCCCACGACACCCCCCAUUUGGCCUUCCCUAUUCCCCAUCAUGAACCCGUCAAUCCCACCUCCUGGUCAUGUCCCGGUGACAUUUCCUCCGCCCCGGAUUGGUCCGAUGCCUUCCAUGCACCAGCAGAUGAACCUACCUCCCCCGUUGAUGAUGAUGACGAAGAGGUUACCGACCCCGACCAUGAUGAGCGAUUACUCCGCAGCUUCUCCCAGAUUCUUUCCUCAUACCUGUUCUCUCUGUAACAUAGAAUGUGCCCAGCUAAAGAACUGGAUCGAGCAUCAAAACACCGGUCUCCACGUUGAGAAUUGCCGUCUACUCAGGAAAACGUAUCCCGACUGGAAAGUAGAAACUGUCGCUGUAUCAAGAAAUGAAAGCAGCCAGCUGUCCAAGCGCCGUCGGACAACACGCUCCGCCUCCCGUUCUUCAUCCUGGUCUCGCUCUCCUUCUCCUCCUCGCCCCUUCUCCUACUACACCCCUUCCUCCUCUACUCGCCGACCUCGAUCCAGGGAACGAUCCCGCGAACGUCGACACGACACCACCACCCGGCGUUCCCGGUCUCCGGGUUCACUUCGGGGCAGGGAGAGAGAACGUGACCCUCCGACCUCGUCGUCUUCCCACCGGGAUCAGGAACGUCGACCUCAGACAGCCUCUUCAUCCCGGAGGUCGCGCUCUAGGAGCUAUGAGCGGGAGAGAGCGAGGGAACGUCGGGAGACGACGAGGAGGAGCAGCCUGCCGAAGUCUAACAGUGCUGAGAGACUGGCCAAGAAACUACUGGAGUCAUCUGCUGGCCUCUCCCUGACGGAGAACACCAGUCUGGAAGUUAUGAUGCAGUCCCUCGCCCCCGCCCUCCUGGCAGAGCUCGCCAAGAAGAAGGGAGCCGCCUCCUCUUCCUCCUCGAAGGGAGGUGCCUCUCGGAAAACUGAAACGGGAAUGUCCAAGUCGGGAAGCAAGCUCGGAUCUGGAAGGUCAUCAACCAGGAAGUCGUCCUCUCCCUCCAAGUCAUCCAGCUCCACUUCUACCAAGACUAAGAAGAAACGAGGCCCAGGGACCCCAGCUCUGUUAAGACUAAAGAAUAUACCCUACACACAGCUAAUUAACAGUACCUCUCUCUCCUCUCUCUCUCUCUCUCUCUCUCUCUCUCUCUCUCCUCCUCCUCUGUCCUCUCUCUCUCCUGCUACUAAGAAGAAACGAGGCCCAGCUCUGUUAAAACUGAUGAAUAUCCCUCAGCACACAGCUCAUGAUGAGGUGAUGAAGGCCGUGGAACCCUUCGGAAAGAUCAACAACAUCAUCCUGCUCAAGUCCAUACAGCAGGCGUCAGUAAUGUUUGAGAAAGAGGAGGAUGCCAGACUGCUGGCUAGCUGUAAGACCCUGACCAUCAGAGGCCAGGUCGUUAUCAUACGGAUGGAGGAAGAGACUCUGCUGGAGGACUCAAAGGAACUGGACCGGGCCAAGAAGUCUUCUUCUGAAAGGAAAGCGACAGCAGCCCAGUCCCAGACCAGCACCACCAAGUCAACUAAAACAUCUACCAAGUCUUCAACGACCGCAACUAAACCGCAAACUGCCGGUACCAAGAACGCGCCCAAGGUGUGUGGAUCUAAUACCAAGUCCAAGGGGAAGAGUCCCCUCGGUCCUCAGCAGCCUGACAUUGCGAAUAAUAGGUUUGUGAAGAUCGAAGGUUUACCAGAAACUGGAUAUACAGAGGAAGAUGUUCUGGCUCUGGUGAAGCCUUACGGAUAUAAACCUGGACUCUACAACUGUUUCAUUCUGCCCAACCAGAGAUGGGCCAUAAUCCGUAUGGAGAGAGAACAGAAGAGCUUUGCUAUGUUGACCAACUACACAAAGUCUCCUCCUAAACUACUAGACUGUCCCCUCACCUUCACGCUGACCCGCCCUGAUACAAACCUCCUCCAGGAGGGUGUGUACACCACUCUGAAGGGCCUCACCACUACGGAUCCAACGUUGAAGGAACGUCUUCUGAUUGUCAGUAACGUCCCCGCAGGGACUGCAGCAGCCCAGGAGGUUCACGACCUUGUUGUCAACGUCGGCUCCUACCUCGACUCGCUGUCUCUGAUCAACAGGAUCUAUUUUGAGAUGGAGUCGUCGUCGGUGGCGAUGACCGUGUGUCUUCAUUUCCAGAAGUCCCCCAGUGUAGUUCAGAACAUCCCUCUGAAGUUCAACUUGCUGGACAAGGAUCAACAGGCACCGCAGCCCCCAGCCCAGAAGACAUCUGUUGUCAGCACCAAAAGGAGAAGAAGAAAACCAAUCAAAGGCAAGAAGCCUGUUGCAAAAGAUAUCACAACCCCAGUUAAACCUGUUACUCCCACUACUACCAGCACCAAUGCUACGGUCUCAUCCUCUCAGCCUGUUGCUGUGGCGACCAAGCAACCAGGAAGUGACGUCGUGGUGAUGAAUUCCGACGGAAAGGCAACGGUGGCGGAGUCUGGAGGGAAAGAGGGUGGGAUUUCCUCGCCAAAAGAUGGGAAGAAGAAGAACGCUCAUCCUCCCAAAGAGGAUGGAGGGAUGGAAACUGAGGAGGAGGCAAAAGGAAACCAGGAAGACACUGCGACCGUCGACACCGUCGUUUCCGCCUUGUUACCUACGGUUGCCGUGUCUGCUCCCGAGGAAGAGGUCGCCAUGGAAACCCAGAGCACCGACGGCGUCGCCUCGACCAAUGAGGUUGCAGCAGAACCCGAACAGGUUCUCGCUGCGGUCCCACAACAGGGCGGUGAUGUCAUUGCGUUGGCUAGUGAAACCGUGACGACUGUGGCCACAACAGAACCUCGUCUGAUCUCCGCUGUGGAGGGAGCUGAUAACGUGGCCAAUCCCGUCGACUCUGACACCGUUGCUGCCUUGGUACCGGCACAAACACCGGCUCCCGUCCCGGUAGCGUUCAAUGUUGAAGACAAACCUCAGGACUAUCCUCCGGUCACCGAGGAGAUCCUCAAGGCCCUGGAGGCAGCGGUGCACCAACACCGUAUGGGGAGACUGGCGGAGGAACAGGCUAAACAGGAACACAACCAGGGAGAGGGGAUCCAGGCCAAGCCUCUACCCAACCAGGAGAGCCCUGCAGCUGGGGAGACGGCGGAGAGAAGGACCACGGCUGAGUCAGAAGAGAAGACUGGGGAGAAAGAGACGACGAAGAAAGAGGAGCCACGACCAGAGAAGAAGUCACAGCCGGACAAGAAGACCACCGACACGAAGAAGACACCUUCAGGAUCUGGCCAACCAGACCACAAGAAUGGGAAGACCGAGGCUUCCGGAGGGAGAGGCCGGCGCCCUUCCCCAGAAAGGAGAGACUCUUCAAGGCAUAGAAGCAGCCGGGCUCCUUCCGAGGAGGAGCAGGAUCCUUCCACGUCUAGACAGGGUAACUCCUCCGGCUCCUCUUCUGGCUCCCGCAGGAGCAGCAGACCCGACGGCAGCCCCGCCAAGAAGAAGGGGAGGAAAGAAGAGGAAGAGGAGAGAACCAAGAGCCUCGGCAGUAAAACGACCCCCUCCUCUAGGAGCAGGUCUAAAGACACGUUAAAGCAAAUAGUUAGUUGCUACGCGGGAGAUGAGUUUACAUCUGACGUCAUCCCUGAUGAAGCCAACUCCUUCGAUCUGGACCAGUUCAACAUGGACCAGUUUGUUACUGUGGACGAGGUGGAAGGGGAUGAGGCUGAGAACACCGACCCACCGCAGUCAUCCUCAUCUUCGUCACACAAGACACAAGAUAAGGCCUCGGAAAGGUCAAAACGAUCGUCCAAACGCAGGAGGGGUACCCCAGAUACCCCAUCUCCGAAAUCUAGCCUGGAGCACAAGGAGACACCCACGGCCUCCUCCUCUACCCCGCCUGCUCAGAAGACUCCACGAAAAGCCGCAGCAAAAAAGGCAGCAACUAAACCUCAACCACCUGCCACCUCUGGACGCAAGACCAGGUCAUCAGCAGCUGUUGUUGUAGCAACCGAAGCCGCAGAAACCCAGGAAGCUGCCGACGACAACACCAGCAUAGCCGAUACGGAGGCGGAGCCUGUUCCCUUGGAGACUCGGUCUCAGUCGGAAGAGGAAGUCGUAGUGGUCACUAAGGGAUGUGACACAGAUGAUGUAGUACCGUCAUCCCACCACAAGAUGUCAGUGUUGGACACUGCAGUGACCGACAACAAGGAAGAGAAAAGUGCUGUGUCAGAAAGCGAUAUGGAGACGACCGCUGAAAAACCUCCAGAGCUAGAGGGGAGCGAGGAGACGACCCAGGCUGAAAACGGUUCCUCGAUUCUGGGUACCGAGGCACAGAGUGGAGCCUGUCCCCUGGAGCUUGGUCUGACCCAUCCGUCUGCCUCAGCCAAGGAGCAAAACCUUCAGAAGGCCCUGCGACUACAAGAGGUGGAGACGGUGUCGGGUCACCAGGUGCCCCAAUCACUUAUUGAUAAAGUACCUGAUGAUGAUGGUGAAUUCCAGAUACUCGACGAAGCUGUGGACGAUGACACACCUAGAGACGGAGAAGAGGGCAGUCAAGAACAGUCCGGAUCUCUAUCUCUGGGUGACCAGGCGCCUGCAGCCUCCAAAUCUACAGGUUCCCAGGUGCCUCAAGCUACACUAGAGGAACACGAAGAGAUCUCCAACGACGAAGAUUCUGCUUUCCAGAUCCUCGACUCUCUAGAAGACACUGAAGACAACAUGGCCGACUCCUCUCUCGCAGGCCAAGGGGGCCGAAGAGAUUCUCUACCUGGAGAGAUGGAGGGGUUCCAGAUACUAGAUUCAGUCGACGAUCAGACGGAAACGACCCAAGUUCUGGACAACCAUACGACUGACUCGAAAUGUCAGGGGGGCUCCAAGCCUCUCAAGGGGGGUAAGAAGACACCCCAAAAGAAGGGGAAAAAGGAGAUUAAGAAGGGAUCCAAAACUCAAGAGGAGACCAAGACCCCAACAGGAGAGUCCGAGGGGGGUACACCGAAAAAGAGUAACCUUGUCACCUUGGAUGAGGUGAGCGAGGAGGAGGAGGAUUACCCAGAUGACGCCGCCGAAGAGGAAGAACUUAUUAAGAAACAAAAACUGGUGAAGGAGAAGCAGCAAGAGAAGGACAGAGGGAAGGAGAGAGAGAAAGGGCGGAGGAGGAGUAGAGAGAAGGAACGGACAAGGGAGGAGGAGAGAGAGGAGAGGGUCGGAGUGGAUACUGAGGGCUUGGUGACUUUGGAUGAGAUCGGAGAGGAUGAAGGAGCGGAGGGGCCUUGCCUGGAGCCACACCCCUUCAGCCAGGAGGACGAAUCAGGAGACACCUUCAACCCAGAGACUCUGGUAACCCUGGAUGAGGCUGGAGGUGAUGGGGAGGAUGAUGAGGAGGAAGAGCAGAACAAGAGUCCUGAACCAGCGCAGAACCAGCAAGCUGACCACACAGCUGAUGCUACAGGGUCUCCUGGUGCAGAGGACGACGGCAGGGGCAUGGAGGAAAUCAGGAGAAUGAACUUUGUGACUGUGGAUGAAGUGGGAGAGGAGGAGGAGGAGGCUGUUACCACAAGGAGAGGAGCCAGGGGGAGGAAGAGGGCCCGACAGACCUCUGCCAGGAAAUCGGUGAAGGUGAAGAAGGUGAGCGUUAAAGACAAGGAAGAGGAGGAGCCUCGGGCAGAUACGACUCCUCCCACUGACACAGCUUCCGUUGACGCUGCCUCCUCAUUGCUCCAAGUCGCUGUGACCUCAGAGGUGGACGCCCAAUCAGCUGCCUCGGUCCCAGACCUCCAGGAGAAAGAGAGGAAGGCUGACACCCCUGCAGACCAACCCAGCCUGGAGGCCUCCUCAGCGGGGCAGGAGAGGCACACGGACCCCCCUGAGAACCAGAGUCUGGAGGGGAAACAGGAGACAACAGAUAUCAGUGUUGGAAAGGCUUGGACUGACUCCACAACACCACAAGAAGACAGUGAACAGAGAAGAGAGGAGGAAGAGGAGCCUGAGUUAAAACGUUGUCGUUCUGAGUCUCCUCUGAUCACAGACUUCAAACUGCCUCCCUUCAGCCCUCACAACCCUAUAGGCCAGGACUUUGUGGUUCCUAAGACAGGGUUCUUCUGUAAGUUGUGUUCUCUGUUCUACGGGAGCGAACACACAGCCAUGAAGACCCACUGCAGCAGUCUGCAACACUAUCAGAACAUGCAGAAAUAUUACCUGAAGCGUCAGAAGCAACAAGCAGGAAGUUCUAGCCUCGGCUCCGUCUCCAAAUGACCCCCUUGACCCUGGAUGUGUCCCAAAUGUAACCCUAUUCCCUACAUAGUGCACUACUUUAAGACCAGAGCCCCGUAGUGCCAUUUGACCCCCAACUCAAUCAAUCUAUAUUUUCUAAUUUGUGUGUCUGAAACAACUGUAAGUCUGGUCAUAAUACUACACCCUAUAACUAUAUGGACUGGGGGGGACUGAUCUAUAACAAUAUGGA